GUAUAUUUUUUUUCAUUCAAUAUAUUGGUUGUUUAUAUUUUAACGUAUAAUGGAUGAAUGGAUUUAAGUAUAAUAAGUUACGAUACAACAAUGGCUUCUAAUAUCAGUUUAAAUAAAGGAUAUCCCGUAUCUAGAGAUGUGGAGUAUCAGUCUAGGGUGCAAGAAAAUCAGAUGGAAUAUCCCCUGUGGUGGAGUAAGAAGCAAAUAAUCGAAAGCUUCCAGAACUGUCCCGAGGACACGGCGUGGAACAUUUUUAUAUGCAGCUUCGUUCUGCUGUCGAUUGUGUUCUUAUAUUUGGAUUUUAUCCCGUACUAUGACAUUAUAGACCUGUCUUAUAACGUGGUAUAUGCCGUCCACGUGCUCGGCAUCGCCUACAAUCUAUACGUGAAUAGAGAGAAUAUCGAAAUCACUUGCUGUACUAUUUUUGCGUUCUUCAUCGAUUGUACAACUUACUUCCAUUACUUUUUAACGAUACCUUUGUACCCGAAUGAGAGCAAAUUGACAGCUUACUAUCUCCGAGUGCACAGGCCUAUUAGAUACCUUUGGGCACUGAACGACUUUGACUUCAGAAGCAGCAUUAUUGGCACUACUCUCAAGAAUUGUUACAUCUUCUUGGUGCUGCGAGUUACGUGGACUAUUAUAUGGAUAUUCUUUCAAAAGGAUGUAGGAGACUACAAAGACGAGGCAUUGCUGCGAUAUGACAAAAAUGAUAUGCACGACACGGUGACCGACCGAAACGUCAGCCUCUUUUUUGCCGGCCUCUAUCUCAUUAACAAGAUAUUUAUACCUAUUGGAGCGACGCGUCAUCCUCAGUCUGACUUUGAGCGGGUGCUGGCGCUGUUCAUAACGAUUUCGGGAUGUCUGACGAUGAUCGGGUCGGCGGUUGCGUCUCUUUCCCUGGCGAUUGGUAUCUACAUGCGACCCGAGGAGGCUUUCAGAGCACGGUAUAGACUGAUCAUGAGGGACAUGAAAGAGUCAAAUGUGCCGCGCAGCCUGAGCAAGAAGGUGCUGAAGUUCUACAAGAUGUAUUGGCAUAAGAUGCGUGCAGUGUCCAGUACGCAACUUCUCCCCGCUUUCCCUCCAUGGCUACCUUCCGUCGUUUACACCGAUAUUUACUUUAAAGCUACGCAAAAGAGCCGCAUCUUGUGCGACCUGUCGUACAGCUUUCUAUGCGAAGUGGCUAAAACUAUGCAGACGCUGCACUACAUCCCUGGUGACGUUAUCAUCAAGCGCUCCACCAGGAAGUCUUCCAUCAUCUAUAUUACUUACGGAGAUGUUGAGAUGCUUACCGCGGAAGAUGAUAGUACGGCAGUGCUGCGCCUGUCACGGGGCUCUGUGCUGUCAGCGUGCGCGGGCUGCGCGCCGGCAGGCUGCGGCAAGGCGCACGUGGAGGUGCGCGCCGCCACCUUCUGUACAGCUCACCUGCUGCACGCGCGCGAUCUCUGGCGCACCGCCCUCAAGUACGGAAAAGACAACGGACAGGCGGCUAUCAUACUCGCAUCGUUUUAUGAGCAUUUUGAAAAAGUCAAAAGGCAUUAUUAUCUAAAAACACCCGAACAAUCGCUGUACAAGAGCAGUAUCCGCGAGUUCAAGCGCAACCUGAUGAGCCUGCAGGAGAGCCGGGAUGCGUCGGGCGCGUUGCUACUGGCGCGCACCGACAUUAUGCUCGACAUCGCCGGCUGCUACAUUAUGAGAAAUAGAGCUGAUGCAUCCCUGAUGGACGAGUCUGAUGAUAUCUGUCUGCGUGCGGUGUUUCCCUGCAUUCUGCAGCCGCGCUCCGUGUUGCUUACUGUCUGGAACUCCUUUGUUUGCUGUGUUAUCGUCGCUGUUUGUUUUACACAUCCGUACUACAUCGCCUACAAGAGGUCUGUGCCAAUUCAGUUCAGGUUCUACGACUAUGUAGUGACUUGCAUUUAUUUGCUGGAUCUCUUUGUCUACCUUUCAACUGGGGAAAAGGUUGAAGAUGGUGUUCCUAUAACGCUGGCGCAGACGGCAUCUCAACAGAUCCGCAGCCACUGGUUUGUGCUGGACACCGUGGCUACUAUGCCUGUCUUCGAAUUUAUACACGACGGACAUUUCGCUGGCAUCAACAAAGUUCUUAGAUUACCAAAAGUGUUUCGCAUGCUGAAGUCUUUAGAAGACGACUGGGUGUACUAUAGUAACUUUCUCCGUUUCUUCUCCUACUCGUUGCUCCUGGUCAUGUCGUGUUACUUCGUCGCCGCCAUGCAACAAGGCUUUAUGUGCUUCUGUUUCGGACACUGCUCGGUAACUAACCUGACGCACCCACCGUUCUGGGCUCAUAUGCCGCCGGACGACACUACCAUCAAGAAUACUCUCACCUUCGGGAUGUACUGGGCCAUGUCCCUGAUCACCGUCACCUGUCAUAAAGAGACGGGCGCUAUAACGGACUGGAACAAUGUGCUAUACACCAUGCUUGUGUUAGAGCUGUGUGUCAUUCUGCACAUCUUUAUGGAUGCCGUCUACUCCGCCACUAUCAUGGUCGCCACUGCUCUAAAAGAAGACUACGACGCCAGCAUCACGGAUGUGACGAAGUUUUUGAUCAGGAACGACGUGGACCCUAUUCUGCGGCAGCGCUUUGUCACCUACUUGCAGCUCGGCUGGUACACCGACAAGGGAUAUCGUAUGACCAAUAAAAAGAGUUCUAUCUACUUCGACCUGCCGCCGCACGUGUACCAGGAUAUUGUCAACAGACAAAGAAGUAAAUACAUCCUCUGCAUACCCUUUAUGAAGUACCUAAGUAAGGAGGACCUGAAGACUGUAUCGAGUAAGGUCAACGUGUUUUACACGUCCCCCAAUGAGAUCCUCCUGAACACCGGUGAUAUAAGCAAUGAAAUUUAUGUCAUUAAGCAAGGGAUUUGUGAGAUAAUUGAUCCCGACACAAAGCAAGUGUUCAAUGAAAUAGGACCGAGAAAUCAUUUCGGUGUACUGGAGUGUGUUCUACGUCUACCGGCGUAUUAUACGGUGCGUGCAGCGACUCAUGUGCAAAUGUUAUCGAUAUCACGCAAGUACCUGUUGAACGCAAUCGAAAUACCACAGAUAAAGGAUGCUAUCGAGUUUGCUAAGGAACAAACUGAGUAUAGCAGCUUGCAGGUACGACGGCAGCCCUUCCUAUCAUAUACGCCACCCGCGCUCAUCCCCAACGUCGAGCGGUUCCGUCUGCCUCGGAAGCACGAGCAUGACCACGCUUUCCUACAGCCAUUUAGGAAGCUCGGCUUUCUUUCUGUAUUGAGGUAUAUUUUUCCUCGGUUUACUAUCCGUCCGGAUAGCGAGUAUCUGAUGCGCGCGGAGUGGUACCGCGGCUGCUGCGCCGUGCUCUCCGCCCUCGUCAUCCCAGGCUACCCCUACCUCAGUGUCGACUCUUUACCCUUCUACUUCACGCUCGUCCUGCUCGACUGCUCCGCAUAUUUCGAUAUAUUGCAACGUAUGCUGGUCGGGUACUACAACGAGAAGGGUAUCUUGGUGUAUCACCCUGCUACUACGGCCGACCACUACAUCCGGGGUGCCUUCCUCAUCGAUCUCUUCGGUUGUUUACCGCUAGAGAAGCUCGAGACGGUCCUCAAGGAAUUAUACAAGAACAAGUACCGCGUGGCGGUGUCGCGGCAGUACCUGAUGCUGAACCGGCUGCUGCAGCUGUACCGGCUGCCGGCCGCUGUGCAGGGCCUCGACCGCUACAUACGCCGUGACAUCGUGCUUGUUAUAAAAGCGACGCCCUUGUUCCUAGUGCUAUUGAAUGUGAUGACCUGUACUCUAGUAUUCUACUCGGUGAACAUCUACACGAUAGGGAACCAGUCGGCGCUGCUGAUAGAACCCCGCAACGACCGCGGCGGCUCCUGGGUCGAGCUGUUCAAAGAUAACUUCCGCUUCAAUAUAAUGGAAAACAUCUGGGACCUGCACCUCGCCAGUUUCUUCUGGGUGACGUUUGAGGCGUCCACCACCGGCUACAAUAUCAUCAACCCCAGCAACUACGACAUCAUGAAGAUCAUGUUCAUCGGCAUGCUCGUUGCUGCAUUGUUGACGACAUACUUCUGCGUACGCAUCAUCAGCAUCCGGUCCAACGUGAACAAGCCGCUGGCCGCUUUUCAGCAGCACAUGAAGGAUAUGUCGGCUUUCAUGCAUAGAGAGAACCUUAGUCAUGAUUUACGGAAAGAUGUGCGUGCCUACUACGCCUAUAACUGGGACAAGAUGGGCGGAUUGGAAUACAGGACUGUACUGAAGCUUUGCGAUCAAAUUACUCUCCGAACGGAUGCUAUAUUAGAUAUCUACGGUUCCACGUUCGCUAUGUGUCCAAUACUGGGUCAGUGCGACAAAUCUCUACUCCGCCUCAUCGGGCGCGCAGUGCACAGCGUGCACUUCCUCAAGCACACCGUCAUCGUGGAGACAGAUGACGUCAUCAAGGACAUCUUCUUCGUGGACUCUGGCAGCGUCGAGUUGACUGGAGGUGAACCUCAAGCCCCAACCUCUGUUAUACUUACUAAAGGAAGUAUAUUUGGCGACCUGGAUGGCGAGAGGUCACAUCGUUCUGCGGUGUCGCUGGUGUCACUGAGCAAAGUACACCUCCUGCAGAUUAAUGCUAACACUUUCUUCAACAUCGUCAGUGACUUCCCCGACGUUGUGCAACUUAUGAAGUCGUAUCGACAGUACAAUGAGAAAUAUAUCAUAGGAGAUAUGAAUAAAGAUCCCUUAAAAAUGACAAGAGACGGAGCAAAAGACAAGAGACAUAGUUUCUCUAACCUGCAUGUAAGAAUCGGCAGAGGUUUCCUCAAAUAUAUCCGCGUGAAGAAUGUUUACAUCCAAUCUUACCUCAUCAUCGUGUCUCUGCUCAGUGUAGUCGGUGACACAUAUAAUGCCGGCUUUCAAGACAAUAACAUGUUGCUGGUCUUAGUGCUGUACGCACUUGAUAUGGCAUUCUGUUUGAAGUUUUUAAUUAUCUACAUACUACCUUUUGUCACUAAGGAUGAUGAUGUUGGUAGCGGUCUAAGGACCAGAGUGCACGGGUAUUCAAAACUGGAGACAAAGUUUGACGUGAUAUCGUGUCUGCCGACUGAACUCCUUUGCUUCGUGAGACCCGACAACAGAGGGCUAAUGUUCUCCUUUCUACGACUCAAUAGGAUCUUCAGAGUUGUGACACUCUACAAAGGAAUCUACCGACACCAUGAGCGUCUGGGCGUGAAUAUGACACUAAUGACAGUGUACACGGUGUCAAUCUGGUUCUCCCUCUUUGUCCACAUCACCUCCUGCUGCUGGUACUUUAUAGGAUAUCUGGAGGACAGAGCCAAACCCAAGUCUUCCUGGAUUUAUAAAAAUGACGGCAGUUCAUGGUGCGAUAACCGUUACCUGUGCUCCAUGUACUUCGUGCUGAUGACCUUCGCACAGAACGGAGUCGGUGAUGUGUUGCCGAAGAAUAGAUCCGAGGUGGUGUUUGUAACAAUUCUUCAAAUAAUGUCCGCUAUGGUAUUCCUGAUUUAUGUCGGAGAGUUCUCUAAUAUAUUUCAACAUCAAUCUUUUCGUUCUUACGAAUUUUUCUGCAAAUAUUUAGAACUACAGGAAUAUCUGAAGAACAACCGCGUCUCCAAGAACCUGGUGAAGCUGGUAAACAGGUAUUCUCUGCACCUGUGGCGGCAGUCGCGUGGCGUACAAGUGCCACACUUUCUGAGGACCGCGCCUAAUUGCUUGCGACUGAGGCUCAUGUCCGCGGCAUUCAUAGAUCACUUGACUAAUAGCGAUGUAUUUCAAAAUUGUGAGCCAGCGUUCCUCAGGCAGCUCGUUGGUUGUCUACAUCUUUAUACCUACAAUGAAGGAAUGUUCGUGGUGAGGCAACAUGAGAUAACAGACUCCAUGUAUUUUAUACACACGGGCCGAGUGUUGGAGAGCAGUGAGGAAACUAGCACAACAAAAGUGUACUAUCUUGGAAACUGCUUUGGCGUGUUGCAAGGUUUAACACUUAAUCUGCCGUAUAGCCACUCGUAUCGUACUAUUACCAAAUGUCAAAUUCUCACAUUGAACUUGAAUGAUUGGGAAUAUCUUCUAAACCAUUUCCCAGAAAGCAGAAAUUCAAUAAUCCCACCGUCAAGUUUUGACGAUCCCAAUAGAAGAAAUAGAAAGGUUACGAAAGAAGAAAGAAAGCGUAAAGUUAAUAUCGUCAAUUCAAACAACAAACCUCCAUCAGGGAAAAGGGCAAGCUCAACAGAACCGAUGGUUUUGAGGCCGACUGAAGACAAAUUUACGGAUCCAGGACCGUCUACUACAUUUGGAAGUGGAUCUUUCAAUUUACCCCUAAAGGAUCUAAAUAUUGGAUCGACUUCGGCAUCCGAUUCCAAGGAAUCUGAUAAUAUAACUGAUUCUGACAAAACAGAACAAGAUGUUAAACCACUGAUAGCCACUACAGAUUUAGAUAGUACAAGUCAAAUACAGAUGAGAAGUCCGACCGAGGAUAAACUUGUGCAGGAUGAACACAGUGAAACAAACACGGGCAGUAAUUUACGGAGAACGGAGUCAACGACAACAAUACAAAGUAAAGCUUCGGAGAUGUUAGAUAUUGAAGAAUUUAGCAAUGAAUCUUCGCAAGACAUUGAUAGCUUGCUUCGUCUGGAAGAACAACAUAUUACCGCUGACUUGAUGGCCAAGUUUAAAAAAUCUAGUAAACCAUCAAUCUCAGAAAUCAAAAUGGGCGAUGAUAUUCCAAAGUCUGUUGAAUCAGGUUUGAUUAUUUCUAAGUUCGAUAUGAAAGACGUUGAUGAUUAUAUACUUGAACGUCAGGAAGAGGACGGGGUGCCAGCGCCGCAUCAGGAGGAGACGGCACCGGUUUCCCAACACGACACAUUGCAACCCCUAAUAACAUCGCAACAAGGUAUUCCGUCAGAAGUCCAGUCUACUUCACGGGCCAAUAGGCAUUUCUUUCACGUUCAUUAUAAGGAUGACGACGAAGGAAAGGGUGCUAAAAACGGAACUGGUGAAGAUCGUAGCAAACAAGAUUCUUCGAGUGAGGCUUCAAAAAAAGAUGUAGUAAAAGGAAUCAACAUUAAAGAUGUGGCUGAUACCCAAGAUGAAGAUAUAGAAUCUGUAGAUAUUUUAAAUACAACUAAGGCUGCAGAACACAAAGAUAGAAAGGAAAACAAAGAGCUAGAAGUAAAGGGAGAGGAAGAAAAAAAUAAAGAGGUAGAAGCAAAGGGAGAAGUAGACAACACGAAAGAGGAAGAAGUAAAGAGAGGGGAAGAAAAAACGAAAGAGGAAGAAGUCAUGAUAGAACUAGAAAAGAAGAAAGUGGAAGAAUUAAAGGUAGAGGUAGAAACAAAGAGACCCGAAGAAGUAAAAGAAGAGGUAGAAAAAAAUAAAGAAGAAGAAGUCACUAGAGAACUAGAAAAAGGGAAAGAGGUAAAGGGCGAGGUUGAAAUUAUGAAAGAGGUAGUAACAAAGGGAGAGGAAGAUAAAACCAAAGAGAACGAUAUUAAGGGAGGUGUAGAAAAGCCGAAAGAGGAAGAAAUCAAGGGAGAGGUAGAAAAAACUAAAGAGGACGAUAUAAAGGGAGGGAUAAAAAAACCGAAAGAGGAAAAAGUAGAAGGAGUGGUAGAACAACCGAAAGAGGAAGAAGUAAAGGGAGAGGUAGAACAACCGAAAGAAGAACAACUUAAGGGCGAGAUACAAAAAACGAAAGAGGAAGAAGUAAAGGGAGAGGUUGAAAAAUCUAAAGAGGAAAAUGUAAAGAGAGAGGUAGAAAAACCGAAAGAGAAAGAAGUAAAGGGAGAAGUAGAAAAAUCUAAAGAGGAAGAUACAAAGGGAGAGUUAGAAGAACAAAAAGAGGAGGAAGUAAAGGCAGAGGUAGAAAAUACAAAAGAGGAAGAAAUUAAGCGAGAGGUAAAACAACCGAAAGAGGAAGAAGAAAAGCGAGAAGUAGAAAAACCAAAAGAGGAAGAAGUAAAGGGAGAGGUAGAAAAACCGAAAGAGGGGGAAUUAAAGGUCGGGGUAGAAACAAAGAGACCUGAAAAAGUAAAAGAAAAGGUAGAAAAAAAGAAAGAAGAUGUCACUGAAGAAGUAGAAAAAGAGAAAGAGGUAGAAAAAACUGAAGAGGAUGAUAUAAAGGAAGGGAUAGAAAAACCGAUAGAGGAAGAAGUCAGGGGAGAGGUAGAAAAAACUAAAGAGGACGAUAUAAAGGGAAGGGUAAAAAACCCGAAAGAGAAAGAAGUAAAGGGAGUAGUAGAACAACCGAAAGUGGAAGAAGAAAAACGAGAGAUAGAAAAACCAAAAGAGGAAGAAGUUAUGGGAGAGGUAGAAAAACUUAAAGAGGGCGAAUUAAAGGUAGAGGUAGGAAAACCGAAAGAGAAAGAAGUAAAGGGAGAGAUAGAAAACACGAAAGAGGAAGAAGAAAAGAGAGAGGUAGAAAGGGAGAAAGAGGAAGAAUUCAAGGGAGAGAUAGAUAAAACGAACGAGGAAGAAGUAAAGCGUGAGGUAGAAAAGGAGAAAGAGGAAGAAUUAAAGGGAGAGGUAGAAAAAAAGGAAAAGAAAGAGGGAGAGGGAGAAAAAAGUAAAGAAGAAUAAAGGAAAGACAACAACUCUGUAAACUCUAUUGACUAUCUAUUUAUAUAAUUGUUCUACGUAGUUAAUUUUGUUU